GUUAUCUGAUAAACUCCCAAGUCCCAGAUAAUAGUGUUCUGUGCCGUACAUAUUAUAAUACGUAUUUUGUGAAUAUUCUUAUUUUUUUUAGUCAUUUAAAGUUUAAAUUGAACUCCUGAAUAAGCUCCUGAUAAACAGUAAAUACAUUGUAUCUAAAUUGAUAUAAUCAUAUUCAAGAUGGACAAUCAGUAUAUUUAUGUGGAAAUUAAAAGGGAACCUGAAGAAACUGAUCAGGAAAUACCAGAAUCAUUCAAUCUGCCAGAGAAUCAAAGUAAUGUGAACCAGCAUGGGAAGGCAGACAACAUGCAAAAUUGUCUGUUCAUCAAACAAGAAUACAAAGAGGAGAUAGAUGAGUUAGAGCAUGAGCUACCGGAGGAUCAAAGUAAUGUAAACCAACAUCUGGAGGCAGACAACAUGCAACACGGCCAGUUCAUUAAACAAGAAUGCAAAGAGGAGAUAGAUGUGGUAGAGCAUGAGUUACCAGCCGAAACAAAACCGGAAACGGAAAGAAAUAAAGAGUGGAUUAAAAUUGAACAAACCAAACAAAUUUCCCAACUAGGAAAAAAAGAAUACAACAUGGUUUUGGCUAAAGAUGACAAUAAUAGCGUAGUAAAUAAUACUGAAGAAUUGCAACUGAGUGAUAUUGAGAAGAAGACCGGCAAAAAUAUACCUUUAUCUUGUUCUGCCUGUAAUAAAACUUUUGUAUGUAAAUCUGCAUUACUUAGACAUCAUAGAGUACAUACACGUGAAAGGCCAUAUCCGUGUAACUUCUGUGGUAAGAGCUUCAAUCAAUUAGGUAAUUUGAAUACACACAUUAGAAUACAUACCGGUGAAAAGCCGUAUUCGUGUAAAAUCUGUGGCAAUAGGUUCAAUCGACAUGGUGAUUUGAAGGCACAUUGCAGUAAUAUACAUUUCAACGAAAAAAUGUAUUCAUGCGACGUCUGUGGCAAAAGCUUCAAUCGAUCUAGUCACUUAAAAGAACACAAUAAUAUACAUACCAACGGAAAACCGCAUAAAUGUAACGUCUGUGGUAAGAGCUUCAAAAAAUCUAGUCAUUUGAAGGAACAUGAUAAAGUACAUACUGGUGUCAGGCCAUAUUCAUGUAACGUCUGUGAAAAAACCUUCACUCGAACUCUAGAUUUGAAGAAACAUAAUAGAAUACAUAGCGGUGAAAAACCAUAUUCAUGUAGUGUAUGUGGUAAAAGUUUCAAUGUAUUUGGUAAUUUGAAGAAACACAAUAUAAUACAUAGCGGUGAAAUGCCAUAUUCGUGUGACGUCUGUGGUAAGAGCUUCAAUCAAUCGGGUAAUUUGAAGACACACAGUAGAAUUCAUACCGGAAAUAAACCAUAUUCGUGUGAAAUCUGUGGUAAGAGCUUCAAUCGAUCUGGUGAUUUGAAAGAACACAAUAAUAAGCAUACCGGUGAAAAGCCGUAUUCAUGUAAUACUUGUGAUAAGCGUUUCAGACGAUCUGGUGAUUUGAAGAGACACAGUAUAAUUCAUACCGGUGAAAAGCCGUAUUCAUGUAAUAUAUGUCAUAAGAGCUUCAAUCGAUCUGGUAAUUUAAAGAUGCACAGUAAAAUACAUAGUAGUGAAAAACAAUAUUCUGAUAGUGAAAGUGGUAACAGUUGUAAUCAGGUCUGCGAUUUAGUACCAGAUAGUUCAGAACCUACCAGAGAAAAUUCGUAGUCGUGUAGUAUUUUAAUUAAGAGGAAUAGAGAGUGUACUUAAUCGUUAAGUUUAACUUUAGAAGAAUCCUUCUAGGGUUGAUAAUAUUUUUAUAGUGAUCUGUAUAUGUUUGCGAACAUUUCAUCCAAGCAGAAACACCUAAAAAUAAUUAUAUGUUCAUGCGAUUAUGUUUUAGAUAUACCUAGUCUUGCCAUAAAUACUGAAACAAAGGAAAAAAUAUAUAUUUCAAAUAACAUUUAUUACUUUUACAGUGUGUUAGUUUAAUACAUAAAUAUAAAACAAUUUUAAAUAUAAAAAGCUUAUUCGAAGUGGUCUCCAUUGGCUACAAUACAGUAUAACUGCUGAGGCCAGAAGCACUAGAAUCACGCACUCUAUUGUCCACUGCCAUUCGUAAGAACUGUUUUAGGGACUCCAAAUUAUCAUGGCGUAUAAAGCAAGCCGUACUCUCUAAAACUGACCAUAAGUCAUAAUCCAGCGGAUUUAGAUCGGGAAGACUGCGUAGACCGAGCUUCGGAUAGUGCUCACGUUGCACUCUGUCGCCUAAUUGGGAAGCUUCCCUAGGCUUUGAGAAUAAAUACGGCCAUUUUGUUUGCUAAAAUGUUGCUGAAUCAAAUCAUUAAUAAAAAAAACCUCAUCCGUAAAUAAUUUUUUUCUGUGAUCUCCCUUUGUGGACCCCUUCAGUAGUUGUUUCGAUUUUACCACCCUAUUCCUAUUUUAAAUUAUCAGCUAAGAAAUGACCAGUAUGUCUCUUAUAGGCUGCAAGUCCUAAGUCAUCUUUUAAAAUACGUGACAUGUUUCUAGGUGCUAUCUUCAUCUACUGAGAUAAAAUCUUUUGCUUUCGGACAGGAUUUCUUCGAAUUCUUUCCCUUACUGCUUUGACCAUCGUUUUCGUACGAACAAUAUGUGGAGAGCCAGGUCCAUUUCUGUCACAAACAGAGGAGGUCUCAUUGUACCGAUUAAUAGCCUGGUACACAAACAUUUUACUAAUACCAAGCGUAUGGAGGGUUUUAAAGACUGCAUUUGGUUCCAUACCUACUUGUUUAAUCAAUCACAGCGAUUCGGUUCUCUUUUCUAUCCCCACUCCAUUUUAAUAUCGGAAAAUAUUGUACAAUGUAUUGGCGCCAGAACGAGAAAACUCAAUGAACAAUCAUAUAAAAAUGACAGAUUCUGAAAGGCGAUGAUAAUGUUUUAAGUGUUAUGUUUCUAUAAUUGUUGCACAUAAAAUACUUUAGUUAUAUUGACUUCAAAAAUGCAUCAUCUAUACUCGGAAUUAUAAUUCGAGAUCAAAAAUGUAAACAAUGAUGUUGCCAGCAACAAAUAAUAACCUUUUCCAUUGUGCGUGUUAAAAUAUCAUUUUAAAAUUAUAAGUGUAGUCUAAAUACAUAUAAUUAAAUAUUGCACAACUUUUUCUCUUUGUAAUAUAGCGUAAAAUACAGCCAAAAAUUAAAAUAGAAAACGUAAAAGUAGAGAACGCAGAACAGUACAUGCCCAUGGGAGAAUCGAGCCGAACAAGCGGAGCGGACGGACGUGUUUAACGAUAUAGUCAUAGAUUUAUUUUUUACUUAUUUCCAACUUUAAACCUAACUACUAUUCACAAACAGUGCAUUUUUAAUUACUCGAAGUGUUAACUCAGUUUUGUGUGUUGCGCACGCGUGACUCGAAGUCGAAACCUGUUUUCUUGGUGAAGUAUAAGGGUGCGUACAUACCGACGAUACAUAUUAUUACAAUCUGUCUUUUAAGAUUACAUAACAAAAAUGAAUAUCAUCCGUUCUCCUGCUAAAAAGUCAACUAAGACAAAAAAUUUAUCAGCUGGAAGGAGCAGUAAUUCCCAACCAGAUCUCUCGAACGUUAGCGAAUUGGAAUCAGACACGGACAGCGUCUCCUCACGAAAAAGGAAAACACCAGAAAGAGAUUUUACAUACCAACUUGAUCAAUUUAAAAACGAUAUCAUGGAACUACUAUUGGAAUCCAGCAGAAACCAGGCUGAAACCAUAAACACUAUAAGUGAGAAUAUAUCUUCCAUGAAAGAAAAACUACAAGAAGUAAACACUACAAUGGACUUACUAAUGGCUGAGAAUAAAAAUAUUAAGGAACAGAUUGUAGCGUUAUCAGACACUGUAACAAUAAAUAAAGGGAGCAUUAAAUCUCUCCAAAAUGACCUCGCCCAGCUUAAAAUGAAUACUAACUUAUCAUCAACGUCUACAUUUCCAUCGCAAGCUACUUAUGAUAACUUAAUGUACGAACUUAAUGAACGCAUUGAAAGGAAAAAAAAUGUUGUUAUAGUAGGCAUUCCUGGGAAAAUUUUUGAAAAUGUUGAAGAAAGACGUGAAAAUGAUAGGCGGGAGAUAGAAAAAAUCACAAAAACCAUAUACCCAGGUUGCCCAAAAGCUGUCAGAGUACAGAGGCUUGGAAAAUAUAAUGCCACUAAAGCACGCCCUUUAAAAAUAUGUUUUUCCACAUCAGAAACAGCAAUAGCUAUAUUGCGUAAUAAAAAUAAUAUUAAAAUAGAUGGUGUUCGAAUUUACUCUGACCAGACUAUACAACAACAGAAAGAAAUGAAAAACCUUGUAUUAGAAUUGAAAAAUAGACAAGAAAAAGGCGAAGAAAACCUGAUUAUAAAGUAUAUUAAAGGGUCCCCGAAAAUAAUAGAACAGAAGGCAAAAAACUAAAUUAUAGAGAAAAUACAUUAAAUAGUACUACUAAAAUAACACAUGAACUAAUAAAUAACUAUAAAGAUAUUACAACUACAACAAAAUCAAUAUCGAUUCUUUAUGCUAAUAUUCGAAGUAUUGCGAAACACGGCAAACUUGAUGAGUUAAGAUGCAUUGACAGAAACAUGGAUUAAAGAUGAGAAUGAAGCAGUAAGAUUAAGUCUACCAAAUUACACCCAUCAUUAUAAUUACAGGACAUCGUCAAGAGGUGGUGGAGUUUCAAUAUAUGUCCACAAAAAUCUUAAACAUGAAUUUUUGGAUAGCCAGUGUGAAGGUGGCAAUCAUUACCUAUGGAUACAUCUAGAAAAACUAUCAAUGGACAUAGGAGCUAUUUAUAAGCAACCAGCAUCAAACGUGCAAAAAUUUCUAGAGACAUACGCAAGCCAUUUAUCCAAAAAAAACGUAUCAUUGUAUUCGGAGAUUUUAAUUUAGACUUGCUCAGCAAAGAAAAAAUGAUCAAAGAGUAUAAGCAUGUCCUAAAAGAGAAUGCCUUGAGGAUACUUAACAAAACAGAUAAAGAGCACAGUACCCGAAUUACGAAAACUUCCAAGACUAUACUAGAUCACGUAUGUACAAGUCUUAAAGAAAACACCUUCCAUAUGGCUCUCAUAGAAAGCUCUAUGUCAGAUCAUAAGCAGAUAUAUUUAGAGGUAAAAAGAAUCACACCUGAGCGGCCUUCACGGACAAAGUACGAAGCAAUUGAUUUUACUAACUUAUACAAAACUGUUAAGACCAAUAUCACCACCAACUUAAGUAAUGAAUAUUCUUUAUUGGAAACCAUCCUGUUGCAAGCUAUUACUGAAAACAAACAAAUAAAGACCAAAGUCAUGAAUCCCCUGAGCAAAGAUUGGAUCAACAGAAAACUGAUCGAGUCAAACAGUCAACAAAAAGUCUAAACAAUGCACAAGAAUAUAAAAUUAGACUAUCUUAUCUGAAUCCUGCCACUACAGAAGAAGUGGUCAAAAUUAUUGACAACCUUGAUACAAACACUAGCACUGGCAUAGAUGGCAUGAGUACAAAAGUGAUUAAAUGUGUCAAAGACGUUAUAGCUGAAAAACUAACUCACUGCAUCAAUAGAUGCUUAAAUGAAGGGAAAUUUCCAGAUUCCCUUAAAAUAGCAAAAGUGAUUCCUAUUUACAAGUCCGGUGAUAAAAUGGAUCCCAGUAAUUACCGUCCAAUAUCUGUGCUUCCUAUCUUAUCAAAAAUAUUUGAGAAAAUAUUACAUAAUCGACUCAAUGGAUUUCUUACAUCUACAAAUUUUCUUUUCAAAAAACAAUAUGGAUUUCGUUGUAAUUCUAAUACUCUUGCAGCAACAAUUGACUUAGUAACAAAAAUUAAACUUGGCAUUGAUCAAAAGAAAAUAUCAUUAGGAAUAUUCAUUGACUUAAAAAAAGCAUUUGACACAGUAAGCCACGAAAUCAUGCUAACAAAAUUAAAAAACAUUGGUGUUUCUGGUUCUGCAUUUAAAAUGUUCAAAUCAUAUCUGACAAACCGAUAUCAAAUAGUUAAAAUUAAUAGAGUUGAGAGUUUACCCCAACUCAUCACAUGUGGCGUUCCUCAGGGCUCUAUUCUCGGCCCAUUAUUAUUUCUAGUCUAUAUAAAUGACAUACAUAAAAUCGGCCUAAAUGGAGAUAUCACGCUGUAUGCUGAUGAUACAAGUCUAUUUUACUUUGGAAAUACUAUAACAACAAUAAUAGAACAAGCACAACAUGAUUUGGAUCUACUACACACCUGGCUACAAUGUAAUUUACUUACUUUAAAUACAUCUAAAACAAACUACAUAUUAUUCACAGCAAAAAACAAAAAAAUUGGAAGCCAUAAUAACUUAACCAUCAAUGGUGAAAUAAUAAACAAAAUAAAUAAAGAAAAAUAUCUCGGUCUGAUACUUGAUAGCAAACUCACAUGGAAACCGCAUAUAGAAUAUAUCCGUAAAAAGUUAACAUCACUUACUGGUGCAGUACGUAGCAUUGCACGAUGCUUCCCAAGGCAAGUGCACUUCACUAUUUAUAAUUCUAUGGUCAAGUCUCACUUAGAUUAUUUAAUUAAAGUUUGGGGAACUGCGUCAAAGACUAAUUUACAACCGCUACAGAUUGCACAAAAUAAAAUUAUUAAAUCACUGUUCCGAUAUAAUUUCUUAACACCAUCCGCAAAAAUUUACCAAGAUACCGAAAUCAUGAAUAUUUCUCAACUCUUAUAAGUAUAAAACGUGCGUUCUUAUUAGGAAAAUUCUAUCUAAAGAGAUACAUUCCCAAGUGACAUUUACAAAAACAUUCCAAAUACAAAAAAGGAUAACUCGACAAGCAAAUAAUAUUUAUAUAAAAACACCUAGAACUAAUUACGGAAAAAAGAAUAUCAUGUUUGAAGGGGCGAAACUUUACAACAGCCUCCCCAAAGACAUUAAAGAAAUCAAAAGCUUAAAUACUUUUAAAAAAAUAUUAAAAGAAAACAUUUAAAAAUAUAAUAUUUAAAAAUAUAAAUAAAAAAUUGUUACAGUUUAAAAAUAAGUAGAUGAAUAAUUGUUGCUGCAGUGUAGUCAAAGCUUUAUAAUAUUUACAAAUUGCGAAUGACGGUCUGCGCAUGCGCAUCGCGCCGCUCGAUCGCGUAAUUCACUAAAGUUCUUGUAUUAUUGUAUUCAGAAUUGUGUCUUGAGUUGAUAUUCAUUAGUGUAGUGUAGGUAACUUAUUUAUGAAUGUUCUUUAGAUUAUAAUUUGUAGUUAUUUCUUUUUAAGUGUUUCAUCUAGUGUGUGUUUACUGUUUUUUUUUCCACUUUACUUACUCUGUUAAUAUAUAUAGUUAAAGAAGAAAAAAAUAAUCGAUAUAUUUUAGAUAUUGUUAUAUUCUCACGGCUCGCAUAUUAUAUUAUAUUAUAUAGUAAUUAGAAUAUAUUUUCUCUAUAAGUGAAUAUUGUAAUAUUCUUCUGAGAAAUAAAGUUCUUAAAUCGUAAAAUUAUGUUUGCCGAUGAGUCGCGAUUCGGGUUUAAGCCUGAUACAAGAAGAGUGGGAGUGUACCGUCGGCCCAGAAUUACUGAAAGGCUCAGGUGCAUUCAGGAAGUUCAUGAAUACAGCGGCUCAACAGUUAUGGUAUUGGCGGGUAUUAUGAAGAACAGGCGAACUUAGCUCAUUUUUGUAAAUGGAAACAUGAACGCUGAAAAUUUCGUUGAGGAUAUUCUCAGAUCUUAUGUCCAUCCAUUUGCACAAACCAUUGGCUCCGAUUUUACGUUAAUGCAUGACAAUGCGCGUUCACAUACAACUCGGCGAACCAUUCAAUACUUGGCAACGGAGAACGUCCGUAUUGCCCUAGCCUGCACAAUCGCCAGACCUCAAUCCCAUCGAGCAGCUCCAGAGACGUGUUUUGUGGACUUGGACGGAGUGACAACAACCUAACAGCUGAAGGAUUUGCUACAAUUUCAUUGGGAGCGAAUACCGCAAAAUGACAUAAACAGUCUCAUUAAUUCAAUGAAUAAUCGUUGCCGACAAGUUCUGAAUAGCAGAGGAGGCCAUACUUUGUAUUAAAUUAUCCUAUUCUUUUACAAUAAAUUCAUUUUCUUUAGAAGUUUCAUUCUAUUAAAAAAAUGUUUAGUUGCUUAUGUACCUUAGUUUCUGCAGCAUUAGUCUCGUGCCAGAUUUUGGCGAGACAACACGUCCUGAGGAUGCCUCGUGUAGAGGCGAAACACGUGUCGAAUUGUUUUAAAAACAAAUAUUGGCGGAAUUAACACUAAAGAAAACUUAAAUCAUUUGUAUAAUUAUGGAUUUCUGCAAAGUAACGCCUAAUUCAAUAAAUUUUUUUAAAUCGUUCUGCAGUAUAUUCUAAUAUUGUUAAUUUCUCUUAUUAAAAGAAUUUGAAAGACAACAGCUAUUAUUUUUACAUCAUAGGACCCUAAAAAUAUCAUUUUAAAAAUAAAAUACAACGUUAUAAUGUGAAAAACCAUCCUAAAAUUUAAAUGAAUACAUGUUGCUUAGACUUUUUUGAUGUGUGUAAAUUUAUUAUUAAACUACCCUAGAAAAAUGUUGAUAAUCUCUGAACUGUCAUUUUGACAAUGACAUUUCUUUCUUUACAUUUUUGAUCUCGAAUUACAUUUCCGACUAUAGUUUAAAACAACAUAGCUAAGUGAUGUAAGAUAAAUUUUGUUUACAAAAUUUUGAAGUUAUGAAAUAUCUCUAGAAGGAGACGAACUUUAAUAAGUAACUAAAUUCUAGCUAUGUGGUGAGAUGUCCGUCCAAUAAGAUUGAAAUAAAUUAAAUACAGGCUGUAAUAACUUCUUAUGGGUGGGUAAACCGCUUCGUAACGUAACGCGUUACGGCGCCAGUCUGUUUGGCUUCCCUUUCUCUCAGGCAUACGGCGGCGGUAGGCAGGCUCCUCCUCUCUCACUCUAACCAAUUUUUACUUUAAUAGGAUUAAUUAAUAAUGUACAAAAUUCUAAUGUACAUAUUCAAGAAUUGUAACUAAGAAUGAAAUAUAUUUUAUUAUCAAUAAAAGAUUUUAUUAAUAAAUAA